AACAUAUCGCCGGCAUUGAGUCGUCUCUUCACAGGCGUUUAGUCAUCUAUACAAAUAUACAUUACAUUAUACAUUAUCUUUUACUGGCAGUUGUAUAAUAGUAAUAUUGAUGUAUCAUGUUAUACCACCACUAUGUGCUUACUUAAGAUUUUAUCAUCAGUGUUAAAAAGCAAUCUUGUGUUUAUGUGAACUGUUACAGGCUUUUGUCCUCAGUGCCACAAUAAUGUAUCAAUAUUGUUUCACGACUAGCCAACUUUGCUGAAAAAACAACAAACAAACUAAAACAGAGUAAACCAGGCUGAUCUGGUUUCCUGGUCUAUCAGUUUGAUGUUAGAUUGUUUUUGGGCACUUUUCAAGGGAGACAGACUAAGUUUUCCGAGCAGCUAAAAAACAGCUUGGCCAGGCUGAAAGGCCAUAAACCAGCUAAAACUAUAGUUGUUUAAAAGGGGUCUUUGGAUGCAAAAUUCACUUUUAUAUGGUGUUUGCAUACACAACCACCAUACAAUAAAAAAAAAAAAAUCCAUUCACUCCAUUCAUUCAUUUUUUUAUCCUCAGAAAAAGUCUCAACACUCUCAAUAAUCAAGCCGUUUGGAUUAUCUGAGCAAUAUGAUGUCAUGUUUCUCAUACUCUUCCCACGACCGCUGACUGUCCUGUAUUAGCAUAUUUCCUUGUCAGCUAUUUGUAUAGUGUAUAUUUGUGACGCGUGUAAACAUGCCUCAUGGAAGAGAGGGGUGGGGUAAGAAGUUGCUCAUUAUCAUUUAAAGAGACUUGAACAGAGCUGUUUUUGAGGAGGUAAAAGGGCGUUUUAACCAAAGUAUUGAGUAAUUUUAACCAAAGUAUGCUACAAAUUUUACAUGAAGACCCUAAAGAAUCAUACCAACUUGUGGAAAAUGGGCAUCCGAUGACCUCUUUAAGAUGUGUUUUUUUUCUAGCAUGGUGUGUACUCAGUGCUGCUAUUUGGGCCUUGGUUCAGUAUUGGUUAUCAUUUCAAAAGAGAUGUUUUUAACUUUGUAAUAUAAGCUGUAUCUCGAAAUAAAAGGACAGCAAUGAACUAAGAAAUACUGGUUUUGCACUCUGUGACCUACUACAACUCCCGUUAUACUCCCAGCUUACACAAGUGGACUAAUGCCAAAAGAGUAACUCUAUGAUGUAGGAUGUAUAGUUUGGUGCCUCUUGUGAUUUAGACAAACAGGGUUUCAAGGGUUACGUCUUUUGGUGUAAGUCGUAGUCCGUCUGCUGGAAGCUAGUUAUUUUAAUUGAUGAAGUUUUACAAAUGGAUAUUUUUCUUACAAGAUUACUUCGCUGCAGAAGACCUUUAUUUACCCCCGGAGAUGCGUGGAGCUCUUUAAUCAUGAAUGGAUGCUUUUUGAUGGACUUCAAAAGACAUAAUAACACACCUCAUUAUAAAACUUGGAAGAGCCAGGUAAUUUUUUUAAUAUAACUUGGAUUGUUUUCAUCUGAAUGGCAUGUACACCUAAGAUGGCUUCAGGGUGAGUAAAUCAUGGGCUUUGCCCAAAAAUGAAAAUUAUCCCUUUAAGACUUUUUUCUGUAGUACUCCCACUGUCCCAGGGAUCACGUGGUUAAUAAUUCUAAGGCACAACAUUUCACCUUUCUUUUACUGUCUAUGCAUUUCACACACCAUUUACUAUAAUUUGUCCUCAAAGUGACGACUAAGCGUCGGAUAUUUAUUUGCUGCCAUUGCUGCUGUUAAACGCCGGCCAAGAUGAAAAAGCUUACUCCCGUCGACUUGACUAAACUUGUGAAAGAUUUCAUCCAACUGGAGAAUAAAAUUACGGAGAUGAAAGGGGAAAAUGCUACUCUUGAAACCCAACUGGACGAAACUACCAGAUUUCUAAAACUCUCACAAAACAAGGAGAAACAUUUAACUGAAGAGAGAGAUGGACUUUUGGAAACUGUCAAAGGUCUACAACACACCUUACAACAACAGUGCGACCUCAGAGUUGAAAAUGAAAGGCUGAAAAAUGAAGCUCUUCAGAUGAAGAAAGAAAAUGAAGCUCAAAUAGAGGAAAGCAAGGCUCAGCUUCAAAGACUGGCAGCUGAAAUGAAAGCGCUGCAAGAUCAACACCAGAGGGAGUUGGAAGACUGUGAAAAAGAAGCACAAAGGAAAUUGGAUGCUAAAGAUACUGAUCUGAAAGUGGCUCAUGAGAGAAAUGAAUGCGCUUUGGAGGAGAUGAGAAGGCAGAUGAGGGAGAAGGAGAAAGAACAGCAAAGCCAAACCAUUAAGCUUCAAAUGGAGUUCGGUGCUAAGCUUGCAAGGGCCCAGAGCAUGUCUGCAAAGAGUCAUCCACAGACACAAGCCUCUGCCCCUCAACCACAAAACAUCUUUAAAAGAAAGCUCCAGUUCAUUCAGAAUGAGAAAAACAAAGAGAUUGAGGCUCUGCGUCAGAGGGUGAGAGAGCUGGAACAGCAGAGCCUUUACAGCUUGAUGGACCCUCGCCUGAAGAGGAAGAAAAACUGAGACCUGUUAUGAUCUGUCCAUUGUAACGUGAGGGCCAACCUAAUUUUGUUUCACAGUUGUGAAAAUAUGCUAAA